AAAUUGGGGAGGGGGGAAAUGGGGGGAGGGGCAAGGGCGUGGCGCCCUCCCCUCCCCCACCCUCAGGCCCCGCCCCCUCCGAGCAUCGCCGGGACCGGAGCGGCCGCGGGUCCUGCACAGCCCCCCCAUGAAGGGCGAGCCCCCCCCCAGCAGCACCCUGAGCGUGGGCCAGGCCCGGAAAAUGGUGGAGCAGCUGAAGAUCGAGGCCAGCCUGUGCCGGGUCAAGGUGUCCAAGGCGGCCGCGGAGCUGCUGAGCUACUGCGAGGCGCACGCCUGCGAGGACCCCCUGCUCACGCCCGUGCCCACCUCCGAGAAUCCCUUCCGCGAGAAGAAAUUCUUCUGCGCCCUCCUCUGAACCCCCCAAAAAAUUUUGGGAGCCCCCCCCCCCCCCAUUUUGGGUCACCCCCGUAAAAUUUAAGGCCGAUUUCACCCCAAAAAUGAGGUGGAAAUGAGGGGGGUGGGGCUUAAUUUGGGGGUUUUGGGGUCCCCCCCACAGCUGGGACCUCCCCCCUAAAUUGGGGACCCCCCACAAAAAGCCCUGGGGUGGUCCCAGCUCAGAAUUUGGGGGAUUUUGGGGGGGGUUUGGGGGUCCCCCCACCCCAAAAAGGCUUCAAGGAUGGACUCGGGGAAGGUUCUGGAAUGGGGGCAGGGGGACACCCCCUAAAAUUACCCCAAAUUCCCCCUCCCCCCAUCACUCCCCACCCUCCUCCUCAAAAUUGGAACCCCCCCAAACUUCAGGCCACACCCAAAAAUUCAUCUCUCACCUCCCCCACCCCAAACUCGGGGGGUUCCCCGUCCCCAGCACCAACCCCCACCCGAUUUCGGCUCUGAGGGGCCCCCGGGGGGGUUAAAGGGGGGGUUCCCCACUUUGGGGGUGCCCCCCUUCCCCCAAAUAAACACUUGGCGGCACAGA